GCCGUGGCCGCUGCCGGCUUCUCAGAGCGUGUCCGGAAUCGAAAGGCGCGCUGAGUGAGGGGAGCAGGCAUGAAUUCGCUCCGGUUCGCUGCGGUGCUGGUCUUGUUCGUCUGCGUCGGCAGAGGGACAGCAGAGAAGGGCUUGUGUCACCCGGCCUGCGAGCUGCCGGAGGUGUGCGAGCCAUGCGACGACCGCCACUGCUGCCGCUACCCGGACGGUGUGCGCCACUGGGGCAAGUGGUGCUGCUACCGCUACUGCCAGUACGGCCAGGUGUGCGCCACGUCCGCGUGCCACGAAGGCAGCGAGUGCAAGUGGCCGUGGCACGUGCUGCCCGGCGAGCCCUUCGAGAGUGAUUCGUCGGCCGCCCUGGCUGUCGCCGAGUACCUGAAGCGGCUGGAGGAGGGAGGUGAUGGUGAAGUUCAUCACGGGCAUGGUCACGAUUCGCAUGACGGAAGUCACGCCUCGCAUGACGGCAGUCACGCCAAGCAUGACGGCAGUCACGCCAAGCAUGACGGCAGUCACGCCUCGCAUGACGUCAGUCACGCCAAGCAUGACAGCAGUCACGCCUCACAUGACGGCAGUAAGGCCCUGCAUGACGGCAGUCACGCCACACAUGCCAGCAGUCACAACACGCAUGACGGCAGUCACGCCAAACACGACGACAGUCAUGCCUCGCAUGACGGCAGUAAGGCCUCGCAUGACGGCAGUCACGCCACGCAUGACGGCAGUCACGCCGUACAUGACGGAAGUCACGCCACGCAUGCCGGCAGUCACGCCAAGCAUGACGGCACUCACGCCACGCAUGACGACAGUCAUUCAGAGCAUGACAGCAGUCACGCGGCUGUCACUGCCGCCGAGGAGUCGUCCCCAGCGCCGCCGACGUCCGAGACGGCUCAGCUCGCCGGCAACUCCGUCGCUGAGGCGUUCGACAGCCAUUCCAGCAGCGACCCCGGCAACGGUGUGUCGACCGCAGAAGUCUCCGCAACUCCCAACGGCGACUACUGGACGACGUACACCAUCGUGACGUACGAGGGCUUCGAUGCGCCGCUCGCGGCCGACGGCAGCGCGCUUCGUGAGGUCUCUGACGUCACUCGUGUCAGCGUCGCACCUGGGGAUGAUGUCACUCCUAUCAGUGACGCCCAGAACGCUGUCUAUUGAGCGCGCAUGCGUAAUGCGUCCAAAUAUUUUUGCGCAAGUAUGCGCUCGUUCGUGACCAGGCCGAUGUUAUUGGCUCAUGAGUGGGGGCUGGUUUCUUCGCCAUUGCGAGCGGGCACAUCAGAGUCAGUCCAGGCUGAGCUGGUCAGCCUCCAAACGAGAUUGCGCGUGUCUGCAUGUGGUCACUGGUACCCUGUCUCUCUCCUUCAUUUCGAGGCUACAGGGAAGUACCCUAGCCCAGAGGAUAGUUUGGGAGACCGAAGGCAACGGCAGCUCUCUGCGUCUUUAAAAGUGCGCAGUCGUGGCUCCCCGUGCGUAGAAAUACACUAUUUCGUAACUCGGGGGACAGCUUUCUUCCGUUUUUUUUUCAUGACCCGCUGUCAGUGGUGCUUCUUUGUCGUGCUUCAGUGCUUCAGAGCCGUGAGUGGAGAGAGUUGUCAGUGCGGGCUCGACCAAAGACGGCAGGCCUGUCGCCUUUCAUCCGGGCUGGCAGUGCUCUCUACAGCGAAACAUUGCCGGAGAGGCAUCGAACUUGCCACUCCGCCAAUUACGAAAUGUGCAAGAUCCCUCGGCUGGCUUUGGCACUCGCGGGACGUGACCUGUGCUUGCGUGCGUGUAAUGUUCGAUGCCUGCGUUCCAUUUGUACAGCAUCAGAGUCAUCCAGCACUGACAUGGUGCCCGGCUCGGUGUUACACCUGUUCACGGAACCAAUGGCAAUAAAGACAUACUUUGGCG